AUGUUUAAAUUUAACGUAGGUUCUCAUGUACAUCACGACACGCUGCAUCUCCUCAACAUGCACUGGAUGUAUUACAUAUUUUUUUUAUUGUGUUCUAUGUUUUUUAGUUUUAAAAACCUCAAGCCUUCUACUUUUAAACUGUAAGAAUUGUAAUACUGUUUUGUUCUUAAUGCUCUAUUUAUAAUAGCGCCUUAAUUUUUGCCAAACCUGCAGUAAUAAGGGCCAAAUGUAUACUAAUAUUUGCUCUAUCCUUCAAUGAAAUGGACAUUUAAGUAUUAUUCCCAAAUUGUGCUAUGCUAACACUAUUUGCUAAUAAAAUAAAAGUAUUAUAUUUUUUGA